GGCUUCUUCUAACUUUUCAGGGAAGGCGGUAGUAUUUGUUAUAUAUUCUAGCAGUAGUGAUAGAUGAUGUCCAACCUUUUGGCCUAGAUAGUAUGGUCGACUUCUUUAGAACAUCCUUCAAAGUCUUCUUGUAAGAAUAUGGAUCUCUGGCACGCUAUCCGGGCAGCUAUACUGAUGUGUGUGGAGCGUCACCUAGAAAUGGAGUUCGUUGCUAUACCAAAGCAUUUGAUCGCGAAAAGUCAUCUUCAAAACUACAACCGCUUACAAACCACAUGGCCUUUUUACCCAUCGCACGUCAUAGGCUAACAUGGAAUUAGCUGAAGCGGGGGUAUCCAUCUUACGUUAGAUGGCCCCUCUCCCAAAGUCCCAUGUCAAGGCUUCAACUCUUGCACCUCAACAACAACAGCAAGACUGAUCUCUGAGGCAAAGUAGCCAACAUCUCAAGCGAUAGUACAGGGUACGAGAGACCAGUCAAAUAUGGUGAGUCUUCCGCAUCCAUUCAGCGAGAUCCCUCGCAUCCAAUUAACCUAUGACCGGCCGGUCGACAUUGAACGCUUGCAGCGACUCCCGAACCAGGAGGGGAUUAAGGAAGGGGACAUCUACAUUGCCCGCGAUGACUGCAACUCUGGCCUCGCGUUCGGAGGCAACAAGGUGCGCAAGCUAGAGUACGUCUUGGCGGAUGCGAUCGACCAAGUUGCGGACACGAUAGUUACGACCGGCGGGACCCAGUCGAACCACAUGCGCCAGACGGCUGCGGCUGCGGCAAAGCUAGGCCUAAAAGUUGCUCUCUUUCCAGUCACUGCUGUCCCGUCAGAUGAUGCAGAGUACAAAUACGCAGGCAACAUCCAGCUCAAUUCGAUCCUCGGCGCCGAGACGUUCCCGCCAAACACAAGCCAAGACGACGUCGUCUCCGCCCUCAAAAGCCGCGGGCGGAAGCCCUACGUGAUCCCCGCGGGAGCAAGCACGCACCCUCUAGGCGGCCUAGGCUACGCAAGAUGGGCCUUUGAGCUCCUCGAGUGGGAAGACGAGCACAAAAAGUCAAUCUCGAACAUCGUAGUCGCAGUUGGAUCCGGCUCGACCUUGGGUGGCCUGGUUGCCGGCUUCAAGCUCGCGCAGCAGCUCGGCCGUGAUGGUUCGCGGAAGCGACUGGUCGGAUACUCGAUUCUGAAGAAGCCUGAAGACGACGUGGCAGGGCUAGUGUUGGACAUUGCAAGGACCGCGGCGAAGAAGAUUGGGUUGGACCCUGCGUCGAUCACGAGGGAGGACUUUGAGAUUGACUAUGAUUACCUUGGGGGCUCUUACGGUCACCUUGAUGAGCGGACGGCGGAGGGCAUCAAGGCGUUGGCUAGGACGGAGGGAAUCCUGACUGAUCCGGUCUACACCGGUAAGGCGUUUACCGGGCUGCUGCAUACUGCAAAGGCAGGAGGGUUUGAUGGAAAAGCCACGUUGUUUUUGCAUACCGGUGGCCAGGCAGCUCUGAGUGCGUAUCCGAAACUGACGGAGUGAAGUCGGUGCUUUUGCGACUCAAGUCAGAGUCAUCGCAGAAUAAUAUUAGAGGUGGUGGAUGUUUUGGAAAAGGGGUUUCAUAUUCUAAGUGGUAUCUUUAGACAAAGGGAAUAACAUGCUUGUACGUCCUCACUCAUUCAAGGC